AUGUCAUCCCAAAUAUACACCUUACCGCCACCAUCAGACCCCGCAGUCUGCACGGCGGUAUUCACUUACAUCGUCGUGGUCUUCUUCCUCGCCAGGCUGAGCAUCGACGAGCUCGGGCCCGAGGCACGGCGGCACGGCGGCAUCCCACCCAGCAGCUUGCUCUACCUCGCAUGCAUCCUGCUUUGGCCCGUCACCGUAGGGUUAUUCGCAGGUCUUUUGGUCCUCGGCGUGCUGAGCAGCGGUUUCAUCAAGGCACUCGCCCUCUCGGUCCGGUGGGUCGAAGCGUGCCGGCGGCGGAUCACCACUUGCUUUCCCAGCCGCCGGCGGGCCGAGGACUUGGAGAUGGGGCCCUUGGUACCGUGUCGCCUGGAAGGAGUGAGCUGGGGCGAAACCGUGGCGGAUCACGGCUGCUCGCAAGCUGAGAUGGCUUUUCGAGAGGUUGUUGCGGCCCUCAAGAAAGAGUGCGGUCUGACGCCCGGCGAAUGGGACCGGGCAUCAUGCCCCCGGAGCUUGGCACCGCUCCGAUGA